AUUUUGAUUUAAUGUUAUUAGAUUUAGUUGAAUUGCAUAUUAUAGAUUUUUAUAAAAGAAUGUGUCAAUUAAAGCAAUUUAAAAAUGUAAUAUAGUGAAAUUGUUUCGCAUUUGACUCACGUAACGAGGACCGGAUAUACGUUGCAUCAUCUUACGUAGCUGGACUUUCACUCCCAUGUUGGUCGGAAAAACAGGUUUCGUAGUCAGAUGGCAAAUAGACGACGAGAUAUAUACGGAUUACGGAUACGGAUCUAUACUCGUAACAUUCUCCAAUGCGCAGCAAGAGUAACAAACGAACGAGCGGAUCGUAGACCAUUACAACGUUCUCAUAUAGGAAAUAUUGCAUUUCUUAUGCACCGUGAACAUUUAUUUUCCAUAAAAAGGACUUAAUUUUUAUCAAAUAAACGUGCGAUGAACUUAUAUCUGGUCCGAGAAUGGUUUGAAACAUCUUAAAGUUCAACAAAAUGCCACGCAUAGAUCCUCUUUCAUUACUCAAAUGCCUCAGCGUUUUAUUGGGUUCAGCAGGAGGCAUUAAGAGUAAAGAGGAAGUCCAUCGAUUAGCUAAUUUAAUGACAAAGUUUUCUAAGAAACUCGUCUCGAAAUGUAUUUAUAUACAAAUCUUGAAAACCACUAAUACGGAUUUGCUUAGUCAGUUUAUGAGCGCUGGGGGGUGGAACCUUAUUCACACAUGGCUUACCGAUGGCAUACUUGCGAAGAACUGGGCUCUUAUUCAAGAACUGUUGGAGCUUUUACUACUUUGUCCAGUAGAUAUCGAACGGUUGAAGAGUAAUAAUUGCCCAAAAUUGGUUAAGGGUUUAUCGAAAGAGGGUAGUCAUCAAGGUGUACGGACUUUGGCCACUCGACUCGUCGAACAAUGGCUGAAAAUUGUGAAAGGAGAGGCGGCACCGAAUUCGGUGCCGGCUCAAAUCAUGACAGUGCAAUUGAAUGCUGCUGCAGGACAAGCUUCGGUUGUUCCUUCAUCGCAACAGCAGCUGCAGCAACAUUAUUCCACGAACUCUCAACAAACCUUGGACAUUUCGGAAAAUGCAACUGUUCAUGUACAAGACUACAAAGUCGUGCAACAAUCUGCUCUGAGUACUCCAACAAAUCAAAUUCAGCAAGACCAAGAAAAGCAACAACAGGAGAGGCUGCAGUCGCAAAUUGUGCAAGUUGUCGGUAAGGUCCAGCAAGUACAGCAGCAAACAACGCAACAACAAUGUAAAAAGCAAUUUGUUGUUGUAGCUUCGCAAUCGUCAGUUCCUGUUUACAAAAUUACUAUUCGUGAUGGCAAUCAGGUUCUUGCCAAAGUGGAAACGGACGCUGCGAAUAUAAGUGGCGUACUAAAUACAUCCGGUGCUAGUACAGAAGUUAAUGGAAGCACUGCAGGCGUCACGCUUCUUGUGAAGCAAGAAACAGAGAAGACAGAGGAGACUGAACAAAGUGGCAGUGCGACUAGUGGUCAAGACGAUACGGUAGACAUUGGACAUUUGAACAAUUCGGUAAGCGUUUCCAGUGAAGUGAAACAGACUAUAGUUAGUUCGAAAGAUAAUCAAGAUCCUGAAGGCGUUAAAAGCAAAGACAAUAAAGAUUCUAAAGACACUAUUAGUGAUAGCAGUAAAUCUAGUGAUAAGGAAAAUAGGGACUCUCAUAAAAAAGAUGAUAAAAAAUCCAGUAAUAGUUCUGACAAAAAAAGCGGUCAUCAUCACAGCUCGUCUUCGUCGUCUAAGAGUUCUUCUAAGUACAGCACAAGUUCCAGUACACAUCGUAGCAGCUCCACAUCCCAUAAAUCCAGUAGUCACCGCUCCAGUUCCAGUAGUAGUAGUUCGAAAAGCUCCAACUCCAGCAAAGACAGGUCUUCCAAAGACAAGGACAAGCAUCACUCCAGCUCAUCCAGUAAACAUAGUUCGAGUAGAAGUAAGUCUGACCGAGAUAAAGAACGGGAAAAGGAGAAGCAGAAGAAGGAUCAAGCUGAGAAGGACAAAGCGACUCUGGAGAAGGUACAGGGUCAAGCGCUGAGUCCCAAGUUGGGCAAGAUACCGAAAAAACGAACAGAGGACGAGAAAUCAGAUGCGAACGGAAGGAAGUCUUCGACCGAGUCGCGAGAUAGCUCGAAGGAAAAUAAAGACAAAGCGGAUUCGAAGAAGGACGCUGUUGCUACGAAGGUCGUUACCGAGAAGAAGAAUAUAUCAAUCUCCAUCGAGAAUAGAAAAAGUAACCAGGAUUCAGCAACGCGACCGAAGACGGUGAAGACGUUUAACUCGAAAUUCAGAUCCACGGGUUUGGAGGAAGAAGUAAAACCACCACCACCUAGAUCGAAGAAGCCGAAUUCUGCUGUUGAUAAGAAGAUUCUACCUCCAAAAUUUCCUUUAAAAAGGCCAUCGCCAUUGAGGGAGGCUGUUCCACUGUUGGAGAAGCGCGCUAAGCUGUCGCUGGAUUCGCCAACAACUCCACCCAGUGACGAGAAGAAGGGAGGAAUUAAGCUGAUACCGGCAAAACCAAAACCUAUGGUACUCCAAGAGAGCGAUAUGUUCAUGGAUGCUCUCACCGCGUCUACCAAGAGCAAAGAACCGAGGAAACGUAAACGUAGAACUUCUGUUACGAAAGACGGAUCUUCGGAAGCGAAGAAGCAAGAAGUUGCGAACAACGCGGAUAAUCGUGAAAGCACGCCGCCACCUAGUUCGCCUUCGAAUACUGAGGAGAAGUCGCCAGUUGCCCUGAAACCCAAUUUCAAAUUCUAUCAAGAUACUCUGGAAAUAGAGGACGACAAAGAACAAAAAGAAAAAGAAAAUAGCGAAGAAGAUUCAAAGAAAGAUAAAGAUCAGUUGCUUGAUGACGAAAAGGAUAAUAGAGACGAUGAUGACGGAAGUAACACACCGACACCUGAGGAAGAUGUGGAAGAUACAAAAGACUCCGAAUCGCCGGAAGAAGCGUCUUCGGAUUCGUCAAAGAAGGACGUUGGCUAUCCUGAAAUACGAUAUGUAGAUGGACUUAGAAGUGUCUUAUUACUUCAGAAACGUAAAGGGCCGAAGAAGGUUUUAAAGUGGAAGACGGAUCUAGAAUCUAUACGUUACUUCGAAUUAGAUGAAACGGAAAGAGUAAAUGUGACAAAGACGUUUACUGACAUGAAGCAAAUGGAAAAGCAAAAUGAGAGAGAAGCAUUCCAGAUGGCCAGAAAAUUAAAUACUGAAGACUUAAUGGAAGAAAAGACAAAAUGGAAACCUCUAAUUCCUAUUAAACUACCGCCUCCAUUAGUAGAACCUGGCAAGGAUAGUAAAGAGAAAGAUAUUCAGUAUGCUCGUGAGAAAGGCAUUCUUCAAGCGCUUUACUUUAACCGAAGCAUGAUUCCAGAUUCUGCGGCUGAACCCGAUGAAGAACGGCAUCACAUAAUGACCGAUCCUAAGAUAAUACCAUUGGAUGAUCUCACAGGCAAUAAAGAAAGCGAGAAAGACUUUACGACGGUACCGUGGCCAGAACCUAAGCCGCAAUUAACGCCGCAACCAACCACCGUGACAACGUUCCAUUAUCCAACGACAUUCCCGCAACCAACCAUGAUGACACCCAUGGGACCCCAAUCGACAAUGGGUCCUAUGGGUCCACAAAUGCCUCAACAGAUGAUGGCUCCUACACACAUGCCUCCUAUGGCCCCGGAGAUGCCAGCGGGCGGCGGCGGCGGCUGGAGGACAGGCGACGGCAAAGUGCUCAUGCCUGACGUCAGUAUGAAUCCGAUGGCGAACAUGCCAGCUGGAUUCAAUCAGGGAAUGGAGGGCGCGCCCAUGGUUCCACCGGGAAUGAUGGGACCGCCACCCAUAUACAACCAGCAGCAAGAGGGUUACGGCAUGAUCAUGAAUCCGGAGGAAAUAGGAUUCAACAAUAUGAAUCCUAACAACUUUCAAGGCCCGCCCGGACCGAUGUAUGCUCCCGGACCUAAUUUCCCGGGUCCGAGAGGAGCUCCCAUGCAUAAUAGGGGCAGAGGCGCUCCCGGUUGGGGAUACCGCGGCGGCGGACCUGGCAGAGGCGGUUGGAGAGGCGGCGGCAGCGGUUGGCGAGGAAGCGGCAAACAGCCACCAGUGUGCAGACAAUUCUCGAAGAACGGUUACUGUCGGGUCGGCGACAAAUGCCAGUAUCUUCAUCCCGGUGUGAAUUGCCCGCCGUUUUAAAACUGGCGUUGAAACCUCAUUGCUGGAUUACCGAACUGAACUGGUGAGAUUGGAAGUCUCCCAUUAGGUGAAGGAUUCUUCUGAUAGAAGGAAGGAAGAUGAGAACUCUUCACGCGGAAAAGUCAAAAGUCCGGGACCUUUUUGAUUAAAACCUACAUUUCAAUUUUGUAGUGUUGAUAAAGGUCUCUUUAAUUUUUGACUUACCUUCGUAGAAAAGAAGAAGCAGAGGAAGGUGAACAUCAGGCAAUAUUUGACGUCGUCUUUCCGGGCAUCGUAAAUGAGCGAAGGAAGCGCAUGCAACGACAUGCUCGGAAAAUAGAUGACACGAAUACGCGAAUAUGUGAAAAGUUAUAAUAUACUCGAUGUGCAAUUUUUAUUAGUAUUUGUAAAGCUCUCAGUACACGAACUUCGCUAGAACUUAUAUUUAUUUAAUAUAUACGCUUGAUGCGUUUGAAAGUUUUAUAAUUACAACGGCAUUUUAAUGAAUGCGUCAUAGGAUUCUUUACAUACUUACGGCAUUCGACAUUGAAUAUAAAUGCCAGCCGGUCUUUCCAGCUAAUGACACAAAUCGACACAAGUAUCAUUUUGUCUUUGUUAUUCGAACAAUAUCGAACUUUUAUUGUCGACUUGUGUCAUGAGUUGGAAAGCGGCCAUUGUAAAGUGGAAUAUAAUCAUGUCAGAUUCGCAUUAGCUGCUGGACGGCAGAAUAUCUCCAUGGAUGAUUGAGAAAUUAAAAAAAAAAA